AGAAAAUGUCUUUAAAAAUAAGAGCAAAGUGAAGUACUACAGAUAAUCAAGGAUGGAAGUCCACAACCGGUACCAAACAGCCCUUAUUUUGUUGCUGUUUUACGUUCUGUGGCUGGGAAGAGGAGAUUCCGCCAUAACAGUGCAACAAGCUGAGCAUCUUAAAAGCAGAAUUGAAAGACUGAAAUCAAAGGUUGAUGCGGUCAACCUUAAAAUGGCCCAAACUGCUGGGACCUUGAACAACAUGGCGGAGACAGGGUUGCCGGAGAUGCCGGAGUUCAAUAUCGCUGAAGGGAAGACGGCUUUCCAAACCAGCACCCAGGGGUAUCAUACACCAGCUACAGGCCAGCAGUAUCCAGGGGACGCUCGUCUUGCUGUAGACGGGAACACCAAUGGCAUUCACUGGGAAAAUUCCUGUAUACAUACGAAGGGAGAGGCCAACCCUGCGUGGUGGGUGGAUCUUGGACAGUCGUAUAUGAUCAAAAGAGUGGAAAUCUACAACCGCAUGGACUGUUGUUCGGAACGGCUCAACCCCUUCAACAUCCACAUCGGGAGUUCCAGCACCGUCACCUCCAACCCCAAGUGUGGAGGUGAUCAUCAGAUUGACGUGAACCAGCCAUCCAUUUCCGUUUCCUGCCAGGGGAUGACGGGGCGGUACGUCGGCGUUCGUCUUCCCGGUUCCCGCACCCUGACCCUGUGCGAGGUCCAAGUCUUUUCCACUUCAGAUGUUGCUGUCCAGUCCGCUCCGAUUUCUUCAAAUACGCCGGCACCCGAGACAUGUGGACUAUCGACGUUUAUCCACGUUCCCCAGAGUGACUGUGCUGGCUCGCGCAUAGACAUAGCCGCGCACGGCGGCGUGACUCUCCAGUUCUGCGCAGACGCUUGCUGUGCAGACCCGACAUGCCUGUCGUUCCAACACAACGCCCAGUCAACUUGCUAUUUAAAAAACAAGCUCUGCUCAGCAGGGGAGAAAGGGUAUGCGGGAGGUGGUAACAUGUACGAUCGGCAAGAUGUUGCUGUCCAAUCCGCACCCGCACCGGCACCCACACCGGCACCCGGUGUCAAUGUCGCUCAAGGCAAAACGGCGUUCCAAACAAGCACAUCGGGGUACUGGAUACCAGUUACAGGCGAGGUGUUCAGCGGGGAAGCCCACCUUGCUGUGGACGGGAACACCAAUGGCGAUCACGGCGCAAAUUCCUGCACACACACCAACGGAGAGGGCAACGAUGCGUGGUGGGUGGAUCUUGGACGAUCGUACGUGAUUAACAGUGUUGUCAUAUUCAAUCGUAUGGACUGUUGUUCGGAACGGCUCAACCCCUUCAACAUCCACAUCGGGGAUUCCGACCAGGUCAUCGCAAACCCCAAGUGCGGAGGUGAUCAUCAGAUCGACCUCAGCCAACCGUCCAUUUCCGUUUCCUGUCAGGGGAUGACGGGAAGGUACGUCGGCGUUCGUCUGGUUGGUUCUUCUCGAGCAAUGUCAUUGUGCGAGGUCCAAGUCUUUUCCAAUUCAUAGGUAUACAAUAGGUAUAAAUGUUAUGAUAUUUGACUAUGGCCGUCGCCAAUGUGGCUAUGCUUAACAAACAUUUGUUGUGUGGAUUGAUUAGCUGAUUCUAAGAAGUGAAGAAGCAAGCGAGUUUCAUGUCUGUAUUGGUGUUCUUUAUUUGCUCUACGAAGAAGUCUUCAGUGCCUUGAAAGUUUUGUGUCAUUGACUGAUGUAUAAUGAUGACACGCAUUCCUUGUGAUGUAUCCUUCCUGCUUGUACAACUAUUCAAUCUAUUGUCACAGUGUUACUUACCACAUGGACAGGGUCUAUUCUAAUUCAUGAAAAAGUCGUAUACGUAGCAAACACGACUACCUUUGAAUUUUUUUUAUCACAUUUACCAAGCAUCUGGAAUUGCUAUUGCACCUGUAUGCAGCUCGUUCGCAUAUUUUGCUGUGAUUUCUGUGCUAUGUAUUUGAAAUUUGCAUGUGACUAAUGUGUGAAUAAUGUACUGCACUUUGAUGAAAAAUGCGAUCUUCGUCUGCUUUAAGAAUAAUGCUUAAAGAUCGGAUUUCGUGCAGAAACUGUAGUGGAUUUGAAAUAGGUACCCGUUGUAUGACUACAAGGUUCAAAAGAAAGUAAUAUCUGUGUCAUCGGUCUUGUUUCAGAAAAACGUGAUUACUGGAUAAUAAGUUUUUCCACCAAAGGUCGUUUAUCAUGGGCGUUUUUUGUAAUUUUACACUUGAUUAAUCCUUUUCAAUUGUAAUCACUCCAGUCGUCACCCAUAAAGUUUCCCACGGUAGUCAUAGUACAAUUGGUACAAAGUGAUUAUAGUUUAAUUUUCUACGUGUAUAUUGUCUGUUUCUUACAUGAUCUGAACAAAUGAACCCUAAGGCAUAAAGGAUGCUGGAGUGGCAUA